GAUGUAGUCGUAGUCAGUUCAUCGUUUGGACUUACAUGCAAGAAUUCAGAGCAGAAAGAUGGGAAAUGUGAAGAUUAUAAAAUCAGAUUCUGCUGUCCAAAAGAACCACAUUGUAAUGGAUACUGGACCGAUUUCUUCGAUCGAGAUAAUCCAUCUGGUUCCUACGACUACGAGGCAUUGAGCAACAUUCAAAUUGAAUAUCCCGGGAAAGUUUGUGCCAAUCCUAUUGGUGUUGAUGCUAGGCUGUUGAAUGGUUUACACUAUACCACUAGUGGUGAAGUUGUAACAGUCAGUCCAUCUGUUGGUCUCAUCUGUAAGAAUUCAGACCAGAAAGAUAAACGUUGUGAAGAUUACAAAGUCAGAUUCUGUUGUCCCAAAGGUAAGCUUUUCCAUCAUCAAAUUCGGUAA